CAAGAGGACCCCUGAGAGCUGUCUACAUUUUGGGAACCAGAAUGCUGCGGUACGUUGUGGCUCUUUGCCUCCUGGCUUUCUCCUGGGCACAGGACUGCCAGGUGUCCAACAUCCAGGUCAUGCAGAACUUUAACAAGACCAGGUAUGCAGGGACAUGGUAUGCCAUAGCAAAGAAGGACCCAGAGGGUUUGUUCUUACUUGACAACAUUGUGGCCCAUUAUACUAUUGAAGACGAUGGCAAAAUGACUGCCAGUGCUAAGGGCAGAGUCAUCAUCCUCAACAACUGGGAAAUGUGUGCCGACAUGUUUGCCACCUUUGAGGAUACCCCCGACCCUGCCAAGUUCAGGAUGAAGUACUGGGGAGCGGCCUCCUACCUGCAGACUGGAAAUGAUGACCAUUGGGUGAUCGACACUGACUACGACAACUACGCCAUCCACUUCUCCUGCAGACUACAAGACUCUGACGGCACUUGCCUAGACAGCUACUCCCUCAUAUUCUCUCGCGAUUCAGCCGGCCUGAGGCCCGAGGACCAGCGAGCCGUCCACCAGAAGAAGACGGACCUCUGCCUGCUGGGCAAAUACCGACGCAUUGCACACAAUGGCUUCUGCGACAGCAGCUGAUCUGUUGACGCUCAGAAAACUUCUUUUUGAAGCACCCCUCUCUGGGACUGCGGGCCCCUCUGCUGGUCUUGGACUGAAUCCCAACAGAGUUCUCUCUAUACUGUCUUUGUCUAUCUGAACAGAUGAAGGAGCCCAUUCUUCUUUAAGAAAUAAACAAGAAAUGGCUAACUAUACACUGUCACAUUUACAUGACUAUACUGUCAAUAGAAAGGAAAGGUGACUGUUGAUGCUGGUGUGUUACUACUUUCCCAAAAUUUCACCAUUAUUAAAGGGGAUUCUGGGCCUUUUAACAUUUUAUCCACAAAAUCUAUCACAUGUUGUUGUAUGAUAACUUCAGAGUAGUGUAAAACAACCUUCCCCAAGGAAACCAGUGGAAAUUGCUCUCUGGUCCUAUCACAUCACUGAAAAACAACUUUUCAGGCCAAUGUGACAAAUGAUAAGUUGUGAAAAUCUAUUAUAAAUGAAGCUGAAGGUCUCGGCAUUAUUGUAGCUCUGGAAUAUAACCACGUUUAAUAAAACAAAAUAAAAAAAAGAGGUUAACAUGUCACUGGCUUUGCUUUUACACUGAAGGACGUGCAGUAUCUUGUAGCACAAAAGCAGAUGUUGUUAAUAAACCCAAAUACAUUCACAUUAA